AUGCCACUAGCGAUAGUACAGGCCGCUAGCUUUCUUAGAAAUCGAGCGCCUCGCUAUUCGGUGUCGCAGUACCUAAGGGACUUUCAACGGAGUGAACGCGAAGCAACAGAGCUGCUGGAAAAAGAGGCAGGCCACUUCUACCGGGACUGGGAAGCGAAGAACUUAAUUCUGGUAACAUGGCAAAUAUCGUUCGAUCAUAUUCGUCGAACAAAGUCAUCCGCAACGGACUUACUUUCUCUUAUGGGCUUUUUCGAUCGGCAAGAGAUUCCAGAGAACCUUCUCAGGAUACGGGACGCAAGCAACCACGAUUCCAAAUUAAUGUCUCUAGAUGAUUCCAGUGUCGACGGGGAGACCUCUGGGUCUGAUAUGAGCCUCGAUUUUGAAGAUGAUAUCACAACACUGAGGAAUUAUUCAUUUAUCUCUGUCUGCGAGACAAGCACGUUCUUCACAAUGCAUCGACUAAUGCAACUUACUACGCGCGCCUGGUUGAAAUCUCAUGGACAAAUAGAUCAAUGGAAGGAGAAAUUCAUUAGCAAUUUGAGCGAAGAGUUUCCCACCGGUGAAUAUGAAAACUGGGAGCGAUGCGGAGGUGCAUGGUACGCAUGGCAAAGCGGUAACAUCGCAGAUGUAAAAAUGAUGGCAUCAAAAUCAAGAAUGCAAAGGGUGAUAUUGUUCGGUGAAGAACAUAAAGAGGUCCUUGAAAGCACAUUAACGUUGGCAAAAGCAUACUUGCUUGAGGGCCGCGAGGGCCGGUGGGAGGAGGCCGAAAAGCUUGAGGCCCAGGUGAUGGAGACAUGCAAGACGAAGCUCGGCAAGGACCAUCCUGACACGCUAACGAGCAUGGCCAACCUAGCAUCGACGUUCUGGAACCAGGGCCGAUGGGAGGAGGCUGAGAAGUUCUAUGUGCAGGUGUUAGAGGCUCGCACGACGAAGCUCGGCAAGGGCCAUCCUGAUACGUUGAUGAGUAUAAAAAACCUGGCGAUGACAUAUAGCAAUCAGGGCCGGUGGGAGGAGGCCACGAGGCUCUUUAUGCGGACGAUGGAGACUUAUAAGACGAAGCUAGGCAAGGACCAUCCUGAUACACUAUCGAAUAUGAAUAACCUGACGGUGACAUAUAUGAACCAGGGCCAGUUGGAGGAGGCAGAGGAGCACUUUAUGCAGAUGAUACAGAUAGGCAAGACCACGCUUGGUUAUGACCAUCCCUCUAUGCGGACAUGCGUGUCUAAUUUAGCGGCAAUGUAUCGUAACCAGGGCCGAUGGGAAGAGGCCGAGAAGCUCGAGGUCCAGGUGAUGGAGACUCGCAAGGCGAAGAUCGGCGAGGACCAUCACAACACACUUCUAGAUCAUGACGCUGAAGCUAUCAAUUAA